AAGUCGUCUACAAAAGGAACGGAAAUAAAAUCAAAAAUCAAUUUUUAAAUACCUCUUCUCUCUAAAGAACUCACCAAUGAAACAAGUGUAACUACUGUAACACAAACUACAAAAAAAAAAAUUUUGGUUCAUGUUCGCAGGCAUAAAUAUGUUUUUGGUCCGUCAAAAUGACUCUAAGAAGGGCCCAAAACUUAUUUAUUCCCAAAAACAUUGAGUGCAUUGCUAUUAGUAUCAUUUUGGAGGGCAUCCCGAAAACAUUUCUCCAUAAACUCAUUUGAAGCAUUAAUACGCAAACAUGCGUAUUGAACCAUUUGCAAAUCUCAAGCCUGCGCGCGCGAGUACGCGUCAACAAUGUUUAAAGGAAAUCCAUGGCAACCGAAAAUAACAACCAACACGCUAAGACUCUGUUCAGUUCGAAAGGCGUAGAAAAUCGUUUUCUCCCAAAUUCCGCUCCACUAACACGUUUUUCAGCUAAGAAAAAUGUCUAGAAAUCUACUGGACAGGAUCAAAGAGCUGCAAGAUGCCAUGGACUCUUGUCAAAGAAGUACAGAAAAUUUAAUCGAUGACUACAGACAGAGUGUGCUACAAACGGCUGCCGUGGUAGCGGCCGCGAAAAUCAACGAGGAGAAAGUUCAAAUUGAAAGGAAAAAAGAACUUUUUCGGAGGAUGAUCGACAGGGAGAGAGAAGCAGGUCAACUCGCUAUUAAGAAGGUGCACAAAAUUGCAAAGAAAUCCAUUCAAGCCUUGAUAAAUGACAAGGACAAAGAGUUGCAAAAAGCUCUUGAUCACAUGGAACGCGAGCACAAGGCGGAGAAGGCGAAGGCGAAAGCUGAAACACGACAGAAAACAAUUUACGAGUUCACAGCAACAAGAAAGAGGAAAAAACGUGCAAGUGAAGAUUCCAAACAGAAGGCUGCUAGAGCUAAUCGAGAAAGUCAAAACCUCAAGUGUGAAAGUUGCGGAAAAGUGAGUGCUUCCUUAUUGAUGUGCAGUGGUUGUCGUAUAGCUUUGUACUGCGAUGAAGUUUGCCAGGGGAAAGAUUGGGGCCGACAUGAAAAACACUGUGGGGACGGCACAGAAACCACCAUUCGUAAAAAAGAUUCUUAGGAAUAUUUACCAUUUUCACAUGUUAAUCUGUUACACAUUUACAAAUUACCUCAAUUAUAUUUAAUAAACGGAAGGUGCUUUCACCGAUACGCACUGCUGGUCGAGAAAUAUUUGAUUCCCUAUGAAACGCGAUUUUAUAACGAAGAGUGUGUCAGAAUUUCGGCACAAUCCACAAAGCAAAUAGAAAGUAUUUCGGGAAAUGAAGCGAAGAAAGCGUUCUUUUUCUUCACGGAGGUGAAAAUAGACCGAAAGCUUUGAAUACUUGAUAAAUCUGAAAAUCUACCGGUCAGAAACAAAUUCAUUUUGUCCUGAGCUUGUCAGUGACAGUUUACUUAUAAUCCGCUACCAGUUGGGAUUAGUUUCUGCUUCUGAUUGAUAUUUUUUCUAUCAUCAACUGAACCUCUAACA